AUGGAAGUGAUUGUACUCGGGUGCGGACCAUCCUCAUCAGUGCCGUCCAUGCGUUGCGUCCUCCGUCAGGAUUGUGCCGUUUGUCUCGAAGCACACGCGAAUCCGGACUCGAAGAACCGUCGACUGAACCCGAGUCUGCUCGUUCGCAACCUGACAACCCACACGAACGUCCUCAUUGACUGUGGCAAGACCUUUCGGGAGGCUGCACUCAGGUUCUUCCCGAGCCUUGGUGUCUCGGCUGUUCACUCGCUAGUGCUCACGCACGACCACGCUGAUGCCUUACUCGGCAUGGACGACCUCCGGGAAGUCCAAGCCCAUGACGAGACGGUCGAUCCAGUGACCAAGGAACUGUACAAGAUCUCGCCAGAGGCUAUGAAGGUGCACUGCAGUGAGCUUACGAGCCACGAUGUGAUUGCAAAGUUCCCAUACCUGAUCGACAAGGAGCCUGGAUCUCCACAUCUGCUGGUUGAGGACGGCGUGUUGAAGAAACCCUUUCGAUGGACUGCAAAGCUCGAGGUUGACAUCUUUCAACCAUGGACACCGUUCGAGGCAAGUGGGCUGCAGUUCCUGCCUUUUCCGGUGAUUCAUGGAGCUGGCUACACAUCGUUCGGGUUCGAGUUCGGAUCGGAGGUUGGCGCUCGGUUCGUCUACAUUUCAGACGUGAGCGAGAUACCGGAGGAGACGAAAGCGUUUCUGGAUGAUGCAACGAAGCCUCAAAUCGACGUGUUGCUGAUUGACGCACUCCACUUGGAGGACAAGUACCACAGCACUCAUAUGAACUUGCAAAAGGUGAUGGAGGAAAUCGCAACGUUUAAACCCAAGCGUACGUUGCUUACAGGCAUGAGCCACGACUUUGACUACCCGAAGCAUAGUGUUGAGCUGCGAGAAAUGGGUGAGGAGAAAGGGGUGGCAAUCGAAAUGACUUACGACGGAUUGCGUGUCACCCUUCCUUGA